ACAGCUGCUGGGGAGGGAAGGGGCGGUCUAAGUGCAUCAGACUGUCAGCGUCGCACUCCAGUCACUGAAACUAAUCAGAGGGACACUUUUACGCCACCCAUCAAUCGGUUUACUGACUUAAUAAAUAAUCAAUCUGUCUCCUGUAACCUUGGCGGAAGUUGUGGAAACAUAAUUGAACGGAUACUUUGAAAUAUCGCCGACAACAUGGCUGAUUUUAGUAUCGAUCAGGAAAACCUGCCUGGAGUAAAAGAGGUGUGUCGGGACUUUGCCGUAUUGGAGGAUCACUGCCUGGCCCACAACCUGCAGGAACAGGAGAUUGAGAGCCAUUUGGCCUCCAACAUAAACAGGAGCCGCCUCGUGCAGCAGGACCUUCUAGUGGCCAAACGUCUGCAAGAGGAAGAAGAUCUGAGAGCUAAGGAAAAAAAGCAGCAACAGCACCAAGAAUUGGAGCAGAUUGACAGUGAGAUAGCCCAGGUGAUUCAGGAGCAGCUUGUUCGCCAGGCGGAGCAGCAGAGACAACAGGAGGAGAAGGACGCGGCGAUCGCUCGUAAGUUGCAGGAGAAGGAGGAGAAGAGACGACAGAAGCAGCUAGAGACCAAACUUGAGGAUGAAUACUACGAGGAGAAAGGAGCUCGACGAGUCCCCUCCGACUCGGACUACCCCUAUGCGGAGGACGGCUCCAAAAAGCCGUCGGACUCCAGCCGGAGGAGGUACCCUGAGUACGAUCCGCCGGAGCUGGGGAGUCCCCGGCGGCACGAAAGCCCCGGCAAGGAGCGGUACCAGGACAAACGGGGCCUCAACCCCGACUACUACGGUCCCCCGGAGGGCAGGGAGAGGCAGGGCCGAGGGGCAGCAACAGAGGAGUGGGAGGAUGAGCCGGUGGUCCGCAAGAAAGAGAAGCCUGCCCGACCUCCCGCGCCCAGCUACAACACCGAGAGGCCCGUCCGACCUCCCGUGCCCAGCUACAACACCGAGAGGCCCGUCCGACCUCCCGCGCCCAGCUACAACACCGAGAGGCCCGUCCGACCUCCCGCGCCCAGCUACAAUACCGAGAGGGACCGGGAUAAGGACAGAGAUCGAGAUAGAGAUAAGGACAGAGAUGGAUGGAGGGAUGGAGAGCGAGACAGGCAGAGGGUCCGAAGCCGAGACAGGCUGGACACGUUGGAGUCCGACAGGGUCCGAGAUCGAGAUGCUGAGCGGGACCGACACGGACACCGAAGACGAGAUGACCAAGACUGGUCCAGGGAGCAAGACCGAGGCAGAGACGGAUACGAGACCAAAGGUGGGCGUAGAGACAAAGACCGAGAUGUGUAUGAGACCAAAGAUGGACAUCGGGAGAGAGACGGGGAUCGGGAAAGGGAGAGAGAGAAGAGGCAGCACAAUGGGCGUACGAGGAGCAGAGAGAAGGAACUGGACGAGCGCACAGGCUCCUGGUCUGGCGACGAGGAGCUAAGGAACCGCCUGCGUCUCCCCUCGGGGCCCGGGGACGUGUUUGAGGAGCCCCGCAGUCCUAGCUCCCCCCGGAGGGUGGCCCUGGCCCUGGACCUGGACAAUGAUGUCCAUAGGGGGCGCUCUCACUCUAGGGAUCUCCCCUCCCUCUCCGACUCUCCUCUGGAUAGAGGUCGUGGAGGUCGAGGGGACUUUGGCGUGGUGGAGGCGCAGCAGGGCCUGAGUCGCAUGGCUCUGAGAGAGCAGGAGCUGCGGGAGCAGGAGCUGCAGGAGCUGCGGGACAUGGAGGUGGCACGGCGGAUGCAAGAGGAGGAGCUCAAGGCCAGUCAAAUUAGCAAGCGGGCAGCCCAGGCUGCCCAAGUGGCACAGGAUGAGGAAAUUGCACGGAUGUUAAUGGAGGAGGACAAGAAGGUCUUUAAGAAAGCACGGGAGCGAGAGAAACCGCCGAUGGACAGGAGGAAACCAGAAGGCGACUGGAGGCCAGCACAAGAGGAGGUAGUACGGCCCCGAUCACGAGAGGAGUAUGACCAGCAGAGGGCCCGCAAUCAUAAAUCGUCCAGGCCUGCUCCUCCACGCACACAAGACUAUGAGAACGUGCCAGCUGGUGGCUAUGGCUACCCAGAGCCUCACUACCCCGCACGGCCCGCCACCCGACCCGACGCUGCCUACAAAGGUUCCUACUAUAAGCAGUGACGUCGGCCCCUGCUGCGUGUGCUGAAUUCUACUUCCUUAUCCUUCCUUUUGUGAAUUUUAAUUUAUUUCAUUGUCCUGUUUGUCACUGUACCUUGGUCAGAGGUGGCUGGGUCCUGUGCUUAUUCAAAACCAUCAGAGAUUUAUUUCCCAUCAUGCCUCUCUCAGGCUGACCUACUGGACAUUGGGUAGCUUUCUGAAGCAUUGUUGAUCUUUUUUAUUCUUUUAUUUUUACCCUUUCGUUUUUAUGUUGUGGUUCAAUCAGCUCAACACCAAGAGAAGGAAAAUAUGUUGCUCCUACUACUGUCCAAUCAUGACUUUCUCUGAUCAUGGAAAUCCCUGGAGGCUGUAAUGAGAGGAACUUGUUCUUUUUUUUUUGUAUGGACAUGUUGUUGUUUCAUUGUUUUGUCUGAACAUGUGACAAGGAGGACACAGGAUGCUGUUUGUAUGUGUGUGUGUGUGGUGAUUCUCUUGUUGUGGCCAUGUGUUUGGUGUUGGUCCAGCAGAGGCUUGAGGAUCUUCUAAAUCACGUCUUAAUCCACACUGGACAGAGCUGGAUCUUGGAUCCCCUUCCUCAAGGAUGAUUUUUUUAAGUGUUUGAAACACAACAACAACAAAUUGAGAGGACAAGAAACACACAAAAAAAAAUCAUUUUCAAGAGCAUUGGUCAUUCACUGUAUAAUUGAACUUGAGGAGAAUAAGUUGUGGUCAUCAGUGGACACUUUGACCUUGACUGCGCAGGUCAAGUUUGGUUGUUGUCUCUGUGUCUCUAUCAGUCUUUCUCUCUCUCUCUCUCUCUCUCUCUCUCUCUCUCUCUCUCUCUCUCUCUCUCUCUCU